AAAAAAUUUCAUCGCAAAAAAAAUUAAUAAUUUUUAUUAAAACUAGUUAAUAAUGGCUCACAAUUACAUUGUGACUGCUCAAAAGCCAACAGCAGUAAAUGCUUGUGUCACAGGAAACUUUACAUCUGAAACGGACUUAAAUUUAGUAAUUGCGAAAAAUUCACGUCUCGAGAUAUUUCUUGUAACUCCAGAAGGUCUAAAGCCAAUCAAGGAAGUAGGAAUUUAUGGAAAGAUUGCGGUUCUUAAACUGUUUAGGCCAGCUGAUGAGAAAAAGGAUCUUCUGUUUAUACUUACGCAAGCUUAUCAAGCUAUGAUUCUGGAGUGUAAAUACAAUAAAGAACGUGAUGAUUUUGAGAUAAUAACAAAGGCACACGGUAAUGUGAGUGAUAAAGUAGGAAAGCCGGCAGAAACCGGCAUAUUAGCAGUAAUUGAUCCGAAGGCACGAUUAAUUGGAAUGAGAUUGUAUGAAGGACUAUUCAAAAUAAUCCCAUUAGAAAAGGAUAGUAAUGAAUUAAAGGCAUACAGUUUAAGAAUGGAAGAUGUGAAUGUUCAGGAUGUUGAAUUUUUAUAUGGAUGUGCAUCACCGACUCUUAUUGUAAUUCAUCAAGAUCUCAAUGGACGGCAUAUAAAGUCCCACGAAAUAAGUCUACGUGAAAAAGAAUUUGUUAAAAUGAGCUGGAAGCAAGAGAAUGUAGAAACUGAAGCAACUAUGUUAAUUCCAGUACCGACACCAUUAGGAGGUGCCAUUGUUAUUGGUCAAGAAUCUAUCGUUUAUCAUGACGGAACCAAUUAUGUUGCAUCAGCACCUGCAAUUAUUAAACAAAGUACUAUUACAUGCUAUGCACGCGUUGAUCGAAAAGGUCAUCGAUAUUUACUCGGAAAUAUGUCUGGCAAUUUAUUUAUGCUGUUUUUGGAAGCCGAUACUAAUGCACAAGGAAAUUUGUACGUAAAAGACCUUAAAGUUGAAUUACUCGGUGAGAUUUCCAUCCCAGAGUGCAUAACAUAUCUCGACAAUGGCGUUCUAUUCAUUGGAUCUCGUCACGGAGACUCACAACUAGUAAGAUUGAAUACCGUGCCAGACGAACACGGAGCCUAUGUUGUCGUUAUGGACACAUACACUAAUUUAGGUCCCAUUCUUGACAUGUGCGUAGUAGAUUUAGAGAGACAAGGCCAAGGUCAAAUAAUAACAUGUUCUGGAUCAUUUAAAGACGGCUCAUUGAGAAUCAUUAGAAAUGGUAUUGGAAUACAGGAACACGCCUGUAUUGAUUUACCAGGAAUUAAAGGAAUGUGGGCACUACAAAUUGGCAUUGAUGAUACUAAAUUUGACAACACAUUAGUCUUGUCAUUCGUUGGACAUACGAGAAUAUUGACAUUAACAGGCGAGGAAGUUGAAGAGACAGAAAUUGACGGCUUUUUAAGUGAUCAGCAGACAUUCUAUUGUGCUAAUGUCAAUUAUGGUCAAAUUAUUCAAGUAACAACGAGCACAGCAAGAAUAAUUAAAUGUGACACUAAAGCUAUGGUUGGAUGUUGGAGUCCACCAGAUAAUAAAAGAAUUGGAGUCGUCGCCUGUAAUGCAGAGCAGCUAGUUUGUGCAUCAGGAACAGAAAUUUAUUAUAUUGAGAUUUUGGACGGAAAAUUAGAACAAAAAUCAGAAAUUCAACUUGAGCAUGAAGUUGCAUGCUUGGAUAUAUCGCCACUUGAUGAUGCAGCAACUCGUUCAGAUCUUGUAGCUGUUGGAUUGUGGACAGACAUAUCUGUAUGUCUAUUGAAGCUUCCAUCACUCGAGAAAUUUUACACAGAAAAGCUUGGUGGGGAAAUUAUUCCAAGAUCAAUUCUUGUGUCACAAUUUGAAGGCAUUAAUUACUUACUUUGUGCACUUGGUGAUGGUUCAAUGUUUUAUUUCGUAAUUGAUCGACAAGCUGGCAUUUUAACUGAUCAGAAGAAAGUGACAUUAGGUACACAACCAACAAUUUUAAAGACCUUUAGUUCUUUGUCAACAAGAAAUGUUUUUGCAUGCUCUGAUCGACCAACUGUCAUUUAUUCAUCAAAUCAUAAGCUUGUCUUUAGUAAUGUCAACUUAAAGGAAGUCAAUCACAUGUGCUCGCUUAAUGCUGAAGCAUAUCCAGACUCAUUGGCACUAGCGACGAAAAAUUCAGUUAUUUUAGGUACGAUUGAUGAAAUCCAAAAACUUCACAUUAGAACUGUCCAACUUGGCGAGAGUCCACGACGAAUUGCUCAUCAGGAAGGAUCAAAUACGUUUGGUGUUAUUUCAGUAAGAACAGACGUCCAAAAAAGCGAGGGUUUACUUCCAAUGAGACCAUCAGCAUCGACACAGACACAAAAUAUAACAACAUCCAGUACAAUUACAACAUUGGCACAGCGACCUGGCGUUUGCACGCAAGUUGAAUUUGGUCAGGAAAUUGAGGUUCACAAUCUGCUCGUUAUGGACCAAAAUACUUUCGAAGUUCUACAUGCUCAUCAAUUUAUGCAGACAGAAUUCGCUAUGUCCUUAAUAUCAGCUAAAUUGGGUGAUGACGGCAACACAUACUAUAUUGUUGGAACUGCCAUUGUUAAUCCAGAGGAACCAGAUCCGAAAACUGGUCGAAUAAUUGUCUUUCAUUAUUCCGAUGGAAAGCUGCACCAAAUCUGUGAGAAGGAAAUUAAAGGUGCUUGCUACUCAUUAGUCGAAUUUAAUGGAAAAGUACUAGCCAGUAUUAAUACCACAGUUCGGUUAUAUGAAUGGACAAAUGAGAAGGAUCUUCGACUGGAAUGUUCACAUUUUAAUAACGUUUUGGCUCUUUACCUUAAGACGAAGGGUGACUUCAUUUUGGUGGGAGACCUGAUGCGUUCCAUCACAUUACUACAAUACAAAUCGAUGGAGGGAAGUUUCGAGGAAAUUGCACGAGAUUAUGAGCCAAAUUGGAUGACAUCUAUUGAAAUUCUUGACGAUGAUAAUUUCCUUGGAGCUGAGAAUUCAUGCAAUUUGUUUGUUGGACAGAAAGACAGUGCUGCAACGACAGACGAGGAAAGACAGCAAAUGCCAGAAGUUGCACAGUUCCAUUUGGGCGAUAUGAUUAAUGUUUUUCGUCACGGUUCAUUGGCAAUGCAGAAUGUAGGAGAACGUACAAUACCGACGACAGGUUGUGUCCUUUAUGGAACCGUUAGUGGAGCUAUUGGACUUGUCACACAAAUACCUCAAGAGUUCUACGAAUUUUUACACUGCCUAGAAAAGCGCUUAAAAGAAACAAUCAAGUCUGUUGGUAAAAUUGAUCACAGUGCAUGGAGGAGUUUCAGAACUGACCAGAAAAUUGAAGCUUGUGAAGGAUUUAUUGACGGUGAUCUUGUGGAGAGCUUCUUGGAUCUCAAUCGUGAGAAAAUGAGAGAAUGUGUAGGCGGACUUCAGAUUGAUGUAAGCGGCGUUAAAGAGGAGGCUACAGUCGAUAACGUUAUAAAGAUUGUUGAAGAUCUAACAAGAAUGCAUUAAAUAUAUAUUCCCAGUUAUGUGAAGUUUUUUUUUUAUAAAGAUCCAGUAUGUGAGACGGAAAUUAAUCAUUUGAUCAUCAUUUCUAUCGGAAUCCAUCAACUCAACAUUUACUUUAUAUUUUUUGCUGAUAUUUAUAAAGAUCAAACUGUUAAGUAAUAUUGUCAAUCCUCCUUUAAAGUUUCCUCUUCCCUUUUUUCUUUUGUGUAUAGAAAAGAGAUAAUGCUGAUACAAAUAGAU